GGGAGGGGACGGGAGGCAGCAGCGGCGGCGGCAGCAGAGGUUUCUCGGAGCUUAGAGCUGGGAGCUCAGCGCUCAGCAUCUCAGGCUCCAGCGCCGGCCGGGCAGACAGAGCCAAGGGUCGGUCCAUGGGCCUGCCCUGCUGCCGCUCCUGCUGCUGCUGCUGCUGCUGCUGCUGCUUCUAAGGAGGAGGAGGAGGCGGCGGCGGAGAGGGAGCGGCCGGCAGGCAGGCGGGCGGGGGCCCCGGGAGCCGGCACCAUGCUGGGCUUGGAUAUGUGCGAGCUGGGGGCGCAAGUGCUUGAGCUCCUGUGGCUGACGGUGUGCGCCAGAGAUUUCAUGGCGGACAAGGAAGGCAUCCGGGCUGUCCAUGAGGAAGACCUGGAUGAGGUGGACUUGGACUACAAGGCCCCAGAGAAGAAGACUCUGCAGGAGAUCCAGCAGCUGGACCAAGAUGAUGAGAGUCUAACCAAGUACAAGCAGGCCUUGUUGGGGCCCAUUCCUGAGGCUGUGGAUCCCAGCCUCCCCAACGUGCAGGUGACACGGCUGACGCUAGUGUGUGAGCAGGCCCCUGGACCCAUCACCAUGGACCUGACAGGGGACCUGGAAUCUCUCAAGAACCAGGUGUUUGUGCUGAAGGAAGGCGUGGAUUACAAAGUGAAGAUUUCUUUUAAGGUCAACAAGGAAAUUGUGUGUGGUUUGAAGUAUCUGCAUCACACCUACCGCAAGGGGCUACGAGUGGACAAGGCCGUGUACAUGGUCGGAAGUUAUGGGCCAAGGACAGAGGAGUAUGAGUUUCUGACGCCAAUGGAGGAAGCCCCCAAGGGUCUACUUGUUCGAGGCACCUACCACAUCAAGUCCUUCUUCACGGAUGAUGACAAAACAGACCAUCUGUCCUGGGAGUGGGACCUCAACAUAAAGAAAGACUGGAAGGACUGACCCCCACCCCCCACCUACCCUCUAACCCCUGUCCCACCUGCACCUUCCUCAGCCUCCAUUGGGGUCUAAGGUCACCCUUGGACCAGGCUGGCAGGGACCUUGCCAGGGGGGCUGAGAGCCCAGAAUUGGAGCACUAGGUGUGGGUUCCCCCUUCCUUUAUCCCUCCCAUUUUGGGGUCUUCCUCUGGCCCCUAGAAAGCAACACCCUUAGCCCAGGAAGGGGCUGCCUCCAACUUCCUCCCCCUCCAGCUCCCACCCAUGCCUAACCCCUUACUUCUCCUUGGAGGUCUCCCUCCUGGGGACCUAGCACAACUCCCUUACCCCAAUAGGGAUUCCAAAGCACCUGACCUGAUCCUCUUCCUCCAUUGCAUAACUCUCCUAGCCAUACAAGCUCACCCCAUCAAAAGGCCCUUUCGUGUCUGCACCAGGUUAUACAAACAAUCCCUGACUUGUCAUCCUCUCCCCCUGGUCCUCCCCACUCAGGGUCCAACAGCCGUAUUCCUGGAGGAGGUUUCCAGGGACAGGCGGGAAUAGAGUGGGGUGGAACAGGUGGGGAGCAGUGUAAGCCUUCAGCCAUCCCCACCCACCUGCCGGGGGCUUGUGUCUGUAACCAAAGCUCAUCAGAAUUGCCUUGUGUCCCUUGCCCCUCACCUCUAACCCGUCACAUUCCUGUGGUGGCCCCGGCAUCGCUGGGGCUGGACCACCUGAGAAGGAGAGGCUGUGUUCCUGCCUGGCCCCACCCCCCAAACUGGGGGGUUCCCGUCCUUUCCCCGAUUCCCUGCUGUCUGUGUUCUCAACUGUUCCCAUUAAACUUCAGCGAUUUCUGUC